UAGCAAACGGAGGGCGCGAAGCAAUCAUAAAGCCACUGAUAAAGUCAAGCGACCAGUAAAGCAGUUCAAGGAGCCAUAAGGAUAAUGCGUAGCUGGUUUUUAUUUGGAUUAUAUGCGCUGCUAAUCGCCGCAACAGUUGGCCAACCGCUGCAGCAAAAUGAGUCCGGAAAAACCGACGAGGAUAGCGAAAGGGGCGAGCGAGUGAGUCGCCAAAUUCCCUAUUUGGGUGGCUACGGAGGCUAUGGAAGUGGCUACGGAGGAUAUGGAGGAGGCUAUGGAGGAUAUGGAGGCUAUGGAGGAUACGGAGGCAUUGGAGGAAUCGGAGGAUAUGGGGGAUACGGGGGCUAUGGAAGCUACGCCGGCAUACGCUCCUCACUUUAUCCCUACGGCAAUCUGUAUGGUGCCAGCGGCUUGGGACUGGUGGGCGGAUAUUAUGGUCGUCCUUAUGGUUAUGGCGGUGGCUAUAAUAUUGGAUAUCCGGGCAUUGGCGGCUUCGGUGCCACCGGCGGCGGCAUCUUUGGUGUUAGUCCAUUCUAACCAUUCGCUUAAGUGGAUAUACGAAAUAAAAACCCAAAACGAAAAACUAAAAUCCUUGGCAAAACUAAACUCAAAGAAAAAAAUUAUACAAAUUUGCAGAAGAGGUCUAGCUGCGGCUAAAUAAGCUGGGAUUACCUAGUGAUCCCUUAGCUGGCUAUCUGACUUGGUAAUGUGACUGUGGUCGAUUGGGGAAAAUUGUAAAAAUACGAAAUUCGUAUAACAAAAUUUGCUUUACAGAUUGGCCGAUUUAAGAGAUUGGUUCUAUACAUAUUUUUAGAAUACUUUGCAAUAAUUAAGAAUACUACCUAAAAAGACAGAUGAAAGAUGUUGGCACAGAAUUUAUUAUCAUUUCGAAGGAUUGAGCCAGAUCCUCUAAAAAUAAAACCUCUCCCACUUAAACGAUAUGAAAAUCGCAGUAGUCAA